ACCCCCAACCUAACAACCUCGGGCCUGCACGACCACCCGCCCUCCCCGCUCCCCACCCCCAGCGACUCGCCGCACCACCAAACCGAAGACCGAAUCGACUGGACGCGCUCUUUCCACGGCCUAUCCGCGGAGCCCUUCCCCAAAGAAGCAGCCGACAUCCUCCUCGCCCCGACCGACCCCGAGGAAGUCGAGAUCAAGCCGGACGGGAUUUUGUAUCUGCCGGAGAUCAAAUACCGACGGAUCCUGAACCGGGCGUUCGGACCGGGCGGGUGGGGGCUCGUGCCGCGGAGCGAGAGUAUCGUGACGCCUAAAAUGGUGACGCGGGAGUAUGCGCUGGUUUGUCAUGGGCGUCUCGUUUCCGUCGCCCGCGGCGAACAGGAUUACUUCUCGCCGGACGGGAUCCCCACGGCCACGGAGGGGUGCCGCUCCAACGCCCUGGUGCGCUGCUGCAAGGAUCUGGGCAUCGCCAGCGAGCUCUGGGAUCCCCGGUGGAUCCGCAAGUACAAGGCCCAGUACACCCGCGAGGCCUUCGUCGAGCACGUGGUCAACAAGCGCAAGUCCAAGAUCUGGGUCCGCAAGGACGAUGAGGUCUCGUACCCUUGGAAGGAGACGAAAUAG